AUGUUGAAUGCUCGUGCUCUUCCUAUCAUGAGAGUUUACAUUAAGCCCGGUGGACAACGAGGUUACUCGGGUCAUUGUGUUAAUUUGCCACAAAAUGUUAAGGAACUUGCAUCAUCAUUGCCAAGAUAUCCAAAAGAUUUGUCAGUGAUUAUUGUCAAGGUCAAAGGUAAAGAUAACUCAUUUAGAGAUGUUUCUGUGAGAAGAGAAAAAGUACAUAAUGCAUUAUUAUGGGUUGUGCAAAAUAAUCCUCAUUAUGCUGAAUUAGAAAUUAAUGAAGAUGCAUUAAACUCUUUACCUGAAAAUGGCAUUCCAGCAGAUGAUGUUAUGUCAGAUUUAGGUCCACCCACUGAAAACCCUUCUGAAGAUAUAGUUUAUACCAACUUGACAGACAUGAAUAGUUUCUUGCCUGUCGGUGAACAGCAGGAACAAGAAAUAGAAGCAGUUAGAAAUCAGCUUUCUGCAAAUGAACCAAUGACAUGGCCCACUAUUGAAAGUGAACCAUUGAAUGAAUAUCAGAUAUCAUAUCUGGCCACUAUGGCUUUUCCAACAUUAUUUCCUGAUGGGAAAGGUGAUCCCACUAAUCAAAGUAUCUUGAGAAAUGUUCCUCUUCAAGAAAGAAUUAAGCAUCUUUUGAAAUUUGCUGAAUUUAUUGAUGGUAAAUGGGUAUACCGUUUUGCCAAUCACCCUAGAUUUUCAUACUGGGCAUUUAAUAUGAUUCACAGAAAGCGUAUUCUACAACAAAGUGGAAUAUUCAUUAAACAAAAUCCAGGUGAAGCACACCUCACUAUUGAUGAGCUACGCGAAAUGGCUGCAAGUGACAACUCCACUUUACUGAUGUCCAAAGUGUCCAGAUACAUUGGCAAUAUUGCAGGUACUAAUGCUUACUGGAAUAAAGUGAGAGAGGAACUCAAAGCUAUAAUAACUAAUGUUGGAGCACCAACAUUGUUCUUUACUUUCUCAUCAGCAGAUAUGCACUGGCCUGAAUUGCAUGCUCUCUUUGGAGCAAACACUGGUAAUGCCACUAGUGAGGCAAGGAGACAAAAUGUUAUUAACAAUCCACAUAUAGUUGAUUGGUUCUUUACACAGAGACUAGAAAAGUUUGUAAAACACUGGCUUUAUGAUACACUUGGUGCAAAAUGGCACUGGUUUAGAUAUGAAUACCAAGGUAGAGGUAGUAUCCAUUGUCAUGGUACUGCAAAACUACAUAAUGACCCAGGCUUGUGUCAACUUACUCAGACUGCUUUGAAAGGUUUUUUAGCUCAAAAAUUUAAAAAUGAAAAUGAUUGUUCUGACACAACUGAACUGGACCAGGAUAUUGAAGCUGGUCAGAAAGCAGCUGACACAGUAUGUCAGUAUGUUGAUUGGUUAUUAUCAACCGUCAAUCCUAAUCCACCAGAUGAGGAUAUGUGGAUCAGACCUGAGGUUCAUCCAUGUCAAAAAAGUCAUCACGACAUUCUUGAACAUGAAAAACAAUCAGAUUAUGUAGAUCUACUAAACAUGGUUCAACGACACACUCGUUGUAGUACAAGUUAUUGUCUUAGAAAGAAGUCAAAUGAAACAGAGUUGAAAUGUAGAUUUCACUUCCCUUUUGAUAUUUGUCCUAAGACAAAAUUAGAAUUUGAAAAAAUUCAUACCUCAGGUGAUAAUGAGCAUUAUCGAGCUAAGAUUGUGACUAAACGAAAUGACCCUAGAUUAAAUAACCAUCAACAACUUCAGCUACAAGGAUGGAGAGCUAACUGUGAUAUUCAAGUUGUUAUUGAUCACUAUGCUUGUGUUGAAUAUCUCACAAAAUAUGCAGCUAAAGGUGAGCCAAGAUCACCUAUAUUGAAACAGGCAUUCAAUUCUAUUGUUCAAAAUGUUGACAGUAAUACUGACCCUCAUAGAGUUAUUAAGAAGGUAGUUAUGAAAUCUCUUGGUGAAAGAGAUUAUGCCGCUCAAGAGACAAUGCAUCAUUUGUUGUCAUUAAAACUCCACAGCUCAUCCUUUAAAGUGAUGUCAGUUAGCCUAAAUGGUUCACGUAGAGUGCGUGAUACUGCAAGUAAUGACGAGGGUGAAGUGCACCGAUUAUUCACUUCUUGA